AUGGGUAGGAGGGAGCUCUUGAAUGCGCUACUAACUUUGCUGCUUCUUCUGUCCAUGGUGUUUCACAGGGGAGCGGCUAUGAUCAGACGCAUUGGCAAGUAUCAACAACCGGGAACCGCUAGCCUAAAAGCGUCGCGAAAGGGUUCGGAUGUGAAAGACGAAUACACGAAAGAAGCCGGUGACAAUAAUGGCAGCGGAGAUUAUGAUUUUAAUGGAGGCUACGGUGAUGUUCCGAGCCCCGGCGUUGGUCACUAG